AUGGCAUCUGCUACGGUUCCAUUACUGAUGGAUGACGACACGGUGGCGUUUGGUGAGGAAGAUGAUGUGCGAAGUGGAAAAUUGAAACAUCCAUAUGUGACUUUUUUUCAUCUGGCGUUCAGAGUAUCGGCGAUAAUCGUCUACAUGUUCUGCACAUGGUUCUCUGAUAGUUUCAUCGCUAGUUUUGUUGUUGUAGUCUUGCUUCUCUCUAUGGACUUUUGGACUGUCAAAAAUAUCACUGGGAGACUGAUGGUUGGGCUCAGGUGGUGGAAUUAUGUUGAUGAUGAUGGAAAAAGUCAUUGGGGUCGACAACAGAAUCGUAUCAACCCAUCAGAAGCAAGAAUUUUUUGGCUGUCAUUAAUAAUCUGCCCAUUACUCUGGUGUUUAUUUUUCAUCGUCGCUUUAUUUGGCCUGAAAAUAAAGUGGCUAUUAAUUGUUUGCAUCGCUACGAUGCUAAACGGCGCGAAUCUCUUUGGAUAUGUUAAGUGUAAAAUGGGCAAAAAUUCAGAUAUUUCCACAGCGACCAAAGAUUACUUCAAAAAACAAGUUCUACAGAAUGUAAUGUCUUCGAUGAUGACCAAAAGUCCUCCAGCGACCAAUCAAUCACCGUCGAACAUCAUAUAA